AUGUCAACCAAAACGUGUGUAAUUGUAAUAGCAGGUGUCUUACAAGACCAUAAUUUCCAUCAUGUAUGCUUUGUUGCUGAAAGCUUAUCUACAUUACUGCCAAAUUUCAAUUAUAAAGUCAUUUCUAAAAGCUCAACAGAGUGGAAAGCUCGUCAUAUAGAAAGUAAGAAAUGUAAGUGUCCAGACAUACAAGAAAAACGUCAAAUAAUGAUAAUAGGAGCAGGACGAUCCAUGUGUCCAGACUUAGUUCCUCAAUUGAUAAUGACAAAGGAACUCUGGUUAAGUCACGGAGUCGUUAUAAAUUUAUAUGACGAACCAGGACGCUUUUUUAAAUUAAGGAAGAUUCUAAAGGAUGUGAACGGACUUGGCGGAGGUUUGAACACAGUGAAUGUUUUGUAUCAUAUACCUGAUGGUUUAAAAGACUGCGAUAUAUUGAUAUAUCUUGAUGACUUUUUAAAAGAAGAGUUCGAAGGAAUAGAUAGUUGGCUUCACCGAAAUUAUAAAUGCCUGAGAGAAUUGUCAAUGCAGAUAAAUGAAUAUGCGCCCACUCACAUGAAAGUACUUUUCUGUUCAAUGGGUCCUAUAUGCUUUCAUGUUGAAAUUAUGCACAGACUUGUUACAAAGUUACCGAAAACGAGCAUCGUGGCUGUCAGUUCCCAUUACGGAUUGGAGAUGACAUGUGUAUUUGCACAAUCAUCUGGUUUUACGUUGAAGAACUUCGGGUGUCCACCAGUUUGGGGAUAUCUGGGAAUUAAUCAGUUUGUAGAUAUCCAUCAUAUGAUUCAAAAGUGCGACUAUUAUCUACCUAACAGAAGAGCUUUGGAAUCCAGUGAGACCACGACAUUACCGAUUGGCGUUCAACGCUCGGAAUUAAGAUGGUUUUUCUACAUAUCGCAUAAUAAGACAGAUCCUUACAGACAGCUUUCUAUACAGAAGUCUCUUGUUCAGUAUCAAGUGGGCAGAUCUGAGGAUUUUCAAAAAUGCAGAGCAAUUUGCGAUCUUUUGAAAUUAUGGUAUAGAAAAGAAGUUGGAGAUGAAAUUAUAUCAUUAGGAAUUUUUUCUGAUGGUUCAUUCGGUAUCCCAGAAGGAUUAGUAUUUUCGCAACCAGUGUAUUUGAAAGUGUUAGAAGAUCACACACGAAUAUGGGUACCUUUUACAGACUUUCCGAUGCCAAACAUGCCAAUUUCUUUCUUUCAAAAUCUUCUGGACAUUGCUAUUUUUGUGAAGGAAAAAAUUCCAGUCCUUGAGGAGGGUGGUGGGGUGAGAGGACCGGAAUUUAAAAAAUGA